AUGUCUUCUUCUUCUUCAUCGUGGUGUUCGUCAUCUUCGGGUGAGGGCGAUUUAUUUUUUGCGAACGCCGUAAUGCUGGCAGUACAGAUCAUCAUGGAGGAAGAGGAAGAAAUGUCGUCAGAACCGCGAACUAGGGCAGUUGCCUUAAACCUAGACCGAGAAGGUGCACAUGAUAGAUUAGUGGCCGAUUAUUUUGCUGACGAACCUUUGUACACGGCCGCGAUGUUUAAAAGUCGGUUCCGAAUGAGACGUCGACUGUUCUUACGUAUAGCAGACGACUUGGCGCAGUCUGAUCCAUUUUUCACACUUCGAUACGACGCUAGGGGCCAUAGGGGAUUCACCACUUUACAGAAAUGUACGACGGCCAUUCGUCAACUGGCAUACGGGACGACACCCAAUUCGUUGGACGAGUAUUUAAGGAUGCCUGAAAGAACUUCACGAGAAUGUUUGUACAAGUUUUGCGAAUAG